AUUUAAUUGAACGACAAAUACGCCACCUACGACAGUCAAAAUGAUUGUGUUUUGAUGAAUUAGCUGCAUGCUUUUGAAAGGCUGAAUUAUAAGUUAAUAAGUUUGAUUUGUGUGUGUGUUAUGUUAACUUCAAAGGUAUACAUUUUCUGUUUUCAAUAAAAAAAAAUAUUCGAAGAAGAAUAGUAAGAAUGUGUGAGGUUUGUACUAGCUACUGGAGCUAGGCCCUAGGUGAACUGCAAUUUUGAGAGAGCAGCGUCGGCGAAAAGCUUUGUAGUUUGUUGCUGCUCGUGACCGACGAGAUAAGAGUGUUCGAUGCCUAGGCGAGGCCUACCCUAGAUGAGGCUAUUUGGCUAUAUUAAGGCUUGGCUAUAAACGAGGACUUAAUUGAGGCCGUAUUAUUAAAAGAGCACUUUAUAACAUUGUAGGUAACUCUACACCAUGUUAUUGAUGACGCUAAGAGCUAGGCCUACGACAAGAGUUCAACUUUUCGGACAUAUUUUUGGACGAGUUCAACAAGCAAAUUCCCGAUUCCUACAACACCGAUCGUCAUCCUUCAUAACAACCCCAAUAUAUUAUGUAAAUGCUUCUCCACAUAUAGGUCAUCUGUAUUCUUCCCUUCUUGCUGAUGUCACCAACCGUUGGCAAGAGAUAUGUGGAUACUCUGGUGCCAUCUUCUCCACUGGUACAGAUGAGCAUGGGCUGAAGGUGCAGCAGGCUGCCGCCUUCAGAGGUUACAGUCCCAAAGUGUUCUGUGAUAGGGUGUCAUCAGAUUUCAAGAGUAUAUUUGACCUUUGUGACAUUUCUUACACUGAUUUUGUACGAACAACUGAAGAGCGUCAUCGGAGAGCAGUUGAGAGCUUCUGGACCAAGCUCUAUUCUGCAGGCUACAUAUAUGAAGGUAAUUAUAAAGGCUGGUACAGUAUGUCUGAAGAGUCGUUCCUCACACCUGGCCAGGUGACGGAUGCACCUGAUGGAAAUGGUCUCAAAAAGAUAUCCAUAGAGAGUGGUCAGCCUGUACAUUGGACAACAGAACACAACUACAUGUUUCGUUUAAGUGAGUUUGGGCCACGCCUCUUACAGUGGAUUGACAAGAAUCAAAGAGCCAUUUACCCCACGAUCUUCGCAGACAUAGUACGUGAGUGGAUUCAAGGUGGCCUGCAGGACUUAUCAGUGUCCCGACAAAGGGAUCGUCUACAAUGGGGAAUUCCAGUCCCAGAUGACCCUUCGCAAACGGUAUGUUUCUCAUUUAUAUUGCAUGUGUAUAAGAGACAGAUUCAGCAGCAUGAACCAUGGACACUUGUGAAAAACCAGUCAGACGAAAAUAAAGCCUGGCUUGACACUAUAAUCCAUGUUGCCAUGGAGUCUCUUAGGAUAUGUAGCCUCCUGCUCCAGCCUGUUAUUCCAAGUUUUUGUGAUAGACUCUUGACCAGACUUGGUAUACCAGGGACAGAACGAACUAGUCAACAUUUCAGUAUUUUUCCAGCAUUUGAGGGUCAGAAAAUCGGCUAUUCAUUAAGAAAACUUGGAGUCAAAGAUAGUGUCAUGUUUAAAAAAGUUAAAGAUUGAUUAAAGAAUUAUAAAAUUGAUAUAUGUCCUUAGGAUCUUUUCAAAAAUAUGAAAUAAAUUGUAUCUCUGAAAGUGCCUACCUAUUGAGCUCACUCAGUGUUCUUAUAAAAAUUGCAAGAGAAGAAAGAGAGGGGUCUCCCUUUGUGUCAAUGGAGACUAAGGGUGUCAUGUUGGAAGAAAUAUUUUCUUGGAGAUCUGGUGAAAUGAGCUAUCUUGACAUAUUUAAUUUUAAUUUGCUGUGCAUUAUGGUACCCAUCGGCACUACCUUUUUGUAUAAUAAUGUAGAAAAAACAUGCAAUUAUUAUGAAUUUGCGGGAGAUGUGUUAAUUUCCGGGAGAUGGGUUAAUUUCUGGAAGAUUCUUGCUUGCUUGUUGGAAUGCAGGAGGCCAUCCCAACUUCUGGCAGACUUGUGACCUCUGUAUUGUAUUAUGUGUGAAACAAAUUAAAUAACUUUUAAAAA